AUGAGCGGUCGAGUAACGGAAACGUACCACCACCGCGUGCUGGAGCGCGCGUGCGACCACUGCGACGGCGCUGGAGUCAUGAUGGCGGCCGACGUGCAGCGAGACAUGGGCGUGCCAGCGAUCAGGCAGGCGGGGGCGUCAGCAGCGGCCACUGUCAGGGACAUUGGCAGCAAGGCCAAGGGCUCCAUGCGCAGUGAUGCUGAGCUGCGGUGCGACAUUGCACGCAUCGACGCGCGGCUCGAUGGCUACCGCGAGGUCCAUGGGAACAGCAUCAAGCUGCUCACACCCAAGCCGCUCGAUUUCGAGGGCUUCAGCUGGGUCGCGGGCCCCCAGAGCAGCCAGGACGACAUUAUGACGCGCGUGGGUCAGCCGAUGGUGGAGAGCCUGCGCAGCGGGUUCAACUCGACCAUCUUGGCAUAUGGCGACAGCGGCAGUGGCAAGACGCACACCAUGAUCGGCCCGGCCGGCAGCAUUGGCGACGCAGAGGAGGGCCUGAUCCCCCGUGUACUCAAAAGUCUGUUCUGCCAGCUGACAGCUGACUAUGGGCCUGCCGUGGUCGACCCGACCGCGUCUGCCACCACCAGCGCCAACGCAAGCUGUGCACCAUCGGAGUGCGGCGAUGCAGCCUGCGCUGAUGACUGCGCCAGCAGCAUCAGCGGGAUCGAGGGGACGGCAGGGCGCGUGACGUGGUCGGCAGAGAUGGCGUUCCUGCAGGUCUACAAGGAGGCUGAAAUCACCAACCUGCUGAGCAGUGGCUACGCCGAAGCCAGCACCAGCGGCCACAAACGCAUGCGGCUGGCGCCUGUGCUUGACCCCGGGGUUAAAAAGCUGCCCAGGGAGGUGGUUGCCUUCCUGCGGCGCAAGCAAGCGAUGGUGGCAGUUGCAACUGCGGACGAGGCGAUGGCGCGCCUGCAGCAGGGAGCCAAGCUGCGCCGCACCUGUGCCACGGUCAACAACGCCGAGAGCAGCCGCAGCCACGCUGUGUUCGUGCUGGAGUUGGCGAUCCGCACGCCGCGGCCUGACGGCUCGUGGCUGGAGCAGAACCCGCGGCUGGUCAUGAUGGACCUGGCAGGCAGCGAGAGCUUUGACAGCAGCAGCAACACGGCGGAGACCGCGUCCAUCAACACCGGCCUGCUGUACCUGGGCAACGUGCUCAGGGAGCUGGCAGAGGCGGGGGAGAGGGGCGGCGGCGGGAAGGGCGGUGGGGCGGGGCUGAUCAACUUUAACAAUCACAAUCUUACAAGGUUCUUGGAGCACUCUAUGGACUCGCGCGGCCGUGGCGGCAAGGUGGCUCUGAUCGUCGCGGUGCGGCCCACGCCGCCGGAGCGGCUGCCCCACAGCCUCCACUUUGCCAAGAAGGCCCUCAGCAUCAAGAUCACGGCCGCCAAGAACGAGCACCUCCACGCCAAGGACAUGGCCAAGCUGGUGGAGCGGCUGCAGAGCAGGGUGCAGGAGCUCGAGAUGGAGCUGCAGCGCCGUGCGGACCGCCAGUGCAACGCGCUGGAGGCCGACCGCCGCGAGCUGCGGCGCCUCUUCAGCGAGCAGGCCGCCGCCCUCGAGGCCGAGGGCGCCGCGGCCGCGGACGUGCUGCGGCGGCGCGGCGACGACGCAGUGCGCGCCCUAGAGGAGCAGCGGGAGGCGGGCAGGGCGGCCGAGGCGCGCGUGGCGGACAUGAAGGCGCUGCUGGCCGCGGCGCGGGACGAGCUGGGGGCGGCGGCGGCGGCGCGGGAGGCGGAGCGGCGGGCGAGGGGCGAGGAGGUUGCUGAGCUGGCGGAGCGGCUCCGGCGGGCGGAGGCCGACAAGGAGGCGGCGGAGACGCGGUGGCGUGAGGAGGCGGGGGCGCUGCGGGAGGAGCUGCGGCAGGAGCGGGACCACGGCGCGCGCGACGCGGCCGUGGGGGCGGCGGCGGCGGAGGCGGCGGCAAAGUGCCAUGAAAGCGAGCUGCAGCGGGCGGCGGAGGCGCAUGCGGCGGAGCUCGCGCGGGGCGAGGCGCGGCGGGCGGAAGACGCCGCGGCGGCGCGCGCCGCCGCAGAGGCCGUCGCGGUGGCGCACCUGCAGGCGGUGGCGGAGGCCGAGGCCUUCGGCGCGGCGCGGCUGAGGGACCAGGCGGCACAGCUCGAGUCGCUGCACACAGAGCGCUUGGCGGGGGUGGAGGCGGCCGCCGCGGCGGCGGCCGCAGCAGCCAGAGAGGCGCACGCGAUGGAGGUGCAGCGGCUGGUGGCUCAGCUGGCGCGCGCGCAGGACGAGAUAGCUGCGGCAGAGGAACGGUCCAGGGUUAAGGAAGCUGAGACGGCAGCGCGCGCCGCCGAGGCCCAGCGCCAGGUGCAGGCCGCCUGCGCUGAGCGCGACACCGCGCGCGCCGCGCUGCGGAUGCUGCGGCGCGACAGCCUGCUGCGGCGCGAGAGCCUGCUGCGGGCCAAGGCCGUGGUCGCGGAAGUGCGGGAGGACGGCACGCCACGUGGCGUGACAGCAAGCGCAGCGGUCUGUCCCAUCGCACGCGGCAGCGCGUCGGCCGCCGCUGCAGCUCGGCUGACGCCGCGCCGCAGCCUGGAGAAUGCCAUACCCCUGCUCCUCGACGGCGCAGCUGCGUGCGACGGCGACGGCAGCGGCGCUGCGUCGCCAUCGGAGGCUGAGCAGGCGGCCUGCAGGAGCAGCCGCGACAACGGGGGCCGCGCGGCGGGCGCGAACGCGGGCGCGGACGCCGCCGACCCCAGCGCCGCGGACCAGAGCCCGCGCAGGUCGGUGUCGCCCGUCACGUGGCUGCGGCAGACCGUCGCAUCACCCCAGGCGAUGCGGGGGCAGACGCCGGCGGAGAAGGCGAGGAUGCUGCGCCAGGUGAUCAGCAGCAUGAAGUGGGAGGCGGCCGGCCUGAUGAGCGAGCAGCGCAGCAGCGGCGAGCUCGGGCCCAGUCCUGGCAGGGAUGAGGGCGGCGACGGCGGCAGCAGCGGUGGGCGGGGGGGCGGCGGCUGCACGGUCGGCCAAAGCGGUAGCAAAAGCAGCGCCGAUGGUUGUGAAAGUGGCAGCAGCAGCUCCUCGUCCGAUUUUGAGGACGCAGGGCGCUACAGUUACAGGCGCGCAAGGCGGCUGUUCAGUGCCAGCCGCAAUGCAAUCUCCCAGCUCAACGGUCACGACGGCAGUGCGGCGCCACUGGGGACCGCCCCCCAGCAAAAGCGGUGGCGCCAGCUGCAGCCCCCGCAGGAUCUGGCGCUGUCUGCCACCGGCCCUGCCGGCGCCCUGGGCCCCAGGAGCCGCCCAACGUCCGCCAACUCCCAACGGCGCCUCUGCGGCCACCGCCGCGCGGCGGCUGGCGGCUGGCCGGAGGAGUACGAGCCGGAGGCGGCAUCAAGGGAGGCCAAAGCAGCUCUGGACAGGGCCGUGCUGGACGACCUCGCCGCGCGGCGGCGGGCGCGGCGGCAGCAGCGGCCCGCCGGCAGCGGCGAGGGUGAGGGCGACCGAGAGAGCCCCGCCAGCCCGCCGCCCCAGAGGGUGACUGUCGAGCUGCUCGUGGGGGCCCUGCAGGGCGCGAAGCUGCGGGGUGCGGAGUGGCGGCGUGGCGGCAAGAAGCGGCACGAGCUGGUGGCUGACUACCUGGCCUGGGCGGCCGCCCACCCGCCCGCAGCUGAGGCGGCAAGCGGCGCGGAUGCACAGGCGCGGCGCAGCGGCGGCAGCGUCGACAGUCGCUGCUGCUCUGCGGCAGGGCGCCAGCAAGGCGCAGGCUGGGAGGGGGUCCCAGGAGAUGCAGCGUGCGAUGCGACUGCCGAGGUGCAGGUGACCCAGCGGCAGGACAAGCGCCAGCCAGGGCCCACUCAUCCAGUGCCUCAGGCAUCGUUAUCGUCACCACCGCCACCUCAGCAGCAGCAGCAGCAGCAGCAGCAGCAGCAGCAGCAGCAACAGCAUCAACAGCAACAGCAGCAGCAGUCGCCAAUUCCUAGUCCCGCCAUGGCCCUGGCCAGCCGCUACGCCGACACCCCCCCGCCCACCAAGCUCCUAGCAGGCCGGCAUCAGCAGCUGCACCAUGGUCCGCUCGCGCGUGGCAGUGCGCUGAGCGCUGAUGCCGACGUUUGCCUCCAGUGUGUGGGGCUUGCGUCUGGCGCUACGGGUUACAAGGGGGUCACCCUGGACGACAUCUUCGCAGAGGGCUCCCGUAGCUUCUGCAACGGGCAGCUGCCUGUCAAGGGCCGGCGCGGCUGA